UACACGAGACAUGAUGACAUAAUCUCUCUUUAGCCUGUUAGCAGCUAGUAUGAUAACAUCCUACAUACACCGGGCUAACAUGAGUCUGAUGAUGACAGGAUAUUGUUAUUCUUUAUGAGCAUCAUCGUUACAAACCCAAAGGAUUAAUCAAUGUAAACAUUUAACUUAUUUAAUGCACCUCGAGUGUGCAACUGGAUGACAUUAUCAUCAUGCCAUCAGCUAAAGUGCUGAAAAAUGCUCAGUAUAUUGAACUGGGCAGUUACCAGUAUUGGCCAGUCCUGGUGCCCAGAGGAAUCCGCCUGUACACUUAUGAACAGGUGCCUGGAUUUCUAAAGGAAAAUCCUUACAUCACUGAUGGUUACAGAGCCUAUCUGACAUCUAGACUGUGCAUUAAAAGCCUUUUCAUCCUUUCCAAUGAGACGGUAAACAUCUGGAGUCACCUGCUGGGAUUCUGCUUGUUCUUCAUACUGGGAGUGUAUGACUUGCUUGCUGUUCUGCCUGUGUUAGGAGCAUCUAGGGAGGACUAUGUUAUUUUUUCGAUAUGUCUCUUCUGCUUCCAGGUGUGCAUGCUGUGUUCAGUGGGCUAUCACCUGUUCUGCUGUCACCGCUCCGAAAAAACAAGCCGCCGCUGGAUGGCGUUGGACUAUGCUGGAACCUCAAUCGGAAUUAUAGGCUGCUACGUUCCAGGAGUGUUCUACGCCUUCUACUGCAAUAACUACUGGCGGCAGGUGUACCUGGUAACUGUUCUGGCUAUGAUGCUGGGAGUGUUCUUCGCACAGAUACACCCUCACUACUUGACCAAGAAGUGGCAGCAGCUACGUUCGGUUAUAUUCUGCGCUGUCGCAGGAUACGGCCUAAUCCCCACCUUUCAUUGGAUCUGGCUCAGCGGGGGUUUCAGCACAGACGUAGUACAGGAAUUUGUUUCCAGAGUGCUUAUAAUGUACAUACUUGCCGUAGCUGCUAUCGUCUUCUAUACAUUCAAAGUUCCAGAGCGAUAUUUUCCAGGUCAGCUGAACUACUUGGGCUCCAGCCAUCAGGUCUGGCACGUAUUGGUGGUGCUUAUGUUCUACUGGUGGCAUCAGUCUGCACUUUCCAUAACCAACUUCCGUCACUCUCAUCCUUGCCCCGAUCACCCUAAUCAUUCUUAGAGGAACCGGGUAGUGUCACUACUGAGGACUGUUGUUUACUGCUUUAAAUUAUAUUAAAGCUUCAACACAUUCAGUGUUUAUAUGCCAGCGAGGUGUAUGCAUUUUUAUAUAGUUUUUAUUAGGGCUGUCAAUCAUUUUUUUAAAAUUAGAUUAAUCAUAUCAUUUUUGUGUGAUUAAUCAUGAUUAAUUGAAUGCUUAUGAAAAUUAAAAAAAAAAUUUAAAAUAUUUUUUUUUACUAUUUGCCACAAAGUAAACCAUCAGACUGAACAAAUUCUGUCACUUUGUGCAUUCAAAGGUAAAUACAUCAAUGAAGUGCAUUUUAACAGUAAAAAUGUUAUGUUCUUGUAAACAGUUUCGUGCUGAAAACUGGUUUCAUAUAUGAAUGGUGAUAAUACGGCACACAAGAUAUGGUACAUGAGAUUCACAGAGUUCAUCAUUGGUCAAAACAUGUUUAAUGUUUAUAGAAUAAUUUGUGGAGGCAUUUAAAGGAUUAGUCCAUUUUCUUAAAAAAAAAAAAUCCAGAUAAUUUACUCACCACCAUGUCAUACAAAAUGUUGAUGUUUUUCUUUGUUCAGUCCAGAAGAAAUUUUGUUUUUGGAGGAAAACAUUCCAGGAUUUUUCUCAUUUUAAUGGACCCCAAAAUACUUAACAGUUUAACUGCAGUUUCAAAGGACUCUAAACGAUCUCAAACGAGGCAUAAGGGUCUUAUCUAGUGAAACGAUUGUCAUUUUUGGCAAGAAAAAUAAAAAAUAUGCACUUUCAAACCACAACUUCUCGUUUUCUUUCGGUCCUGUGACGCGCCUGCGUGACCUCACAUAAUACAUCAUCACGUCAAGAGGUCAAGGAUGACGAAUAAGAAACUACGCAUCAGUGUUUACAAGUGUGGAGAAAGAGGACCAUUUCGACGUUGUUGUAUGUUGAAUGAUACUAAUUAAUGUCUUUGUGUCAGUUUAUUGUUUAAAAUGGUCCACAAAUGUGCAUUUCAUAUAUGGAACACGUGACCUUUUCACGGCAUUACACAAUUAGGUGAGGUCAUGCUGGCGCAUGACAGGACCGGAGUUAGACGAGAAGUUGUGGUUUAAAAGUGCAUUUUUUUCUUGCCAAAAAUCUUUUCACUAAAUAAGACCCUUAUGCCUCAUUUGGGAUCGUUUAGAGUCCUUUGAAGCUGCGUUGAAACUGGAAUUUUAAACUGCAUUAAAACUGUUAAGUGUUGGGGUCCAUUAAAGUCCAUUCAAAUUAGAAAAAUCCUGGAAUGUUUUUCUCCAAAAACAUAAUUUCUUCUCAACUGAACAAAGAAAGACAUACACAGUUUGGAAGACAUGGUGGUGAGUAAAUUAUCUGGAUUAAAAAAAAAUGGAUUUAAUUUUAAACAUGUUAAUGCUGACAGCCAUAAUUUUUAUAUAUAUAUUUUGCAUAAGUGCCUAGCAGUUUUAGGCUUUUAACAUUUAAGGUAAAGCACCAUUUCGCAGCGUCUGCCAGGGGAUUAGUUUCCUAAGAGCGAAAGUGCAAAAAUGUACUUGUGUGUUUGAUGGUGUUUAAUGGGGUAACAUGCAGUAUUUAUCAGUAAUGUGGGGGUUAAAUAGUUUGUUAAAUAAUAGCUAUGUAUUCAGUAUUGUUUGUUCUAUACGAUUUCAGAUCUUUUUGUAUUUGCACCUAGAAUACAGCUCUACUCAGAACAUAAGUGGUACCACAUUGCAAUUUUUGGGAAGAUGUUUUUUUUUU